UGUCUUCGCUGGAUAAGGACCAUGUUACAAAGGAUCAUGCCCGGAAUGGUCGACAAUUGCAACGUCACGGUUUCUUUUCCACAGGCGCACGUGUGAGAAAGGAUUACGUAGGGAAUGCCCCAGGUUCGAUGAAACCUCGGUAAAAACCAGUGGCCAACUCUGAGAUCAGAUCGAUUUUCUUCAGCGGUCCCAGCAAAUUUGCUACCUUACCUUCUCAAAGCAAAAACCAAAACAGCAAAACCUCACUGGUCAUUCCAGAGACACAUUGAAACUGGAUCUCAUCCGACUUGAUCACCACUAUCUGAUCUAUCUGGCUCAAGAACUGUGAGCCGGGUUCGCUGUACCGAGGCGCUUUGGAGUCAAUGCCGCCGACGGCAUGGAAGGAGGUCGUGAUCGACGGGAAGGUGAAGUUUAAGGUGCCUGCUCAUCUUGAACUCAUCAAGAAGGUGGGCUCAGGAGCAUAUGGCACCGUGGCCUCGUUUCAGGACCCAAAGACGGGCUCAAAGCUUGCGGUCAAGAAGAUUACAGAUGCCUUCCACGAUCUUGUGGAUGGGAAACGGAUUCUACGUGAGGUGAAACUGCUGCGGAGCUUCAGGCAUGACAAUAUCAUCAGCAUUCUGGACAUGUAUCCGCCAGAACAUCCCGACUUUGAAGACAUCUACAUCGUCACUGAUUUGAUGGAGACCGACCUGCACAGAGUGAUCUACUCCAAACAGGUCUUGAAUGAUGAGCACCAUCAGUACUUCUCCUAUCAGAUCCUCCGCGGACUUCUAUAUCUGCACAGUGCCAACGUGGUGCACCGGGAUUUGAAGCCCGCGAACAUCCUGGUGAACAAAAACUGCGACCUGAAGAUUUGCGACUUCGGGCUGGCGCGCGGCCUUGGCAAUGACGAGGAUGAUCCAACCUUAACGGACUACGUGGUGACCAGAUGGUACCGAGCGCCUGAGGUCGUACUGCUGGCGUCAGAGUACACCAAGUCCAUUGACGUGUGGUCAGUAGGUUGUAUUCUUUGCGAGCUCAUCGGGCGAAAGCCAAUCUUCACCGGCAAGGAUCACUUGGACCAGAUUAAGAAGAUCUUGCAAGUCCUUGGUACUCCCUCCGAGGAUGACUUGGCGUGGCUACCUCCUCGGAGUCCAGCGCGGAACUUCAUCAAGAAGGUGCCACCCUCGACUAAGCAGAGCUGGAAGAGCAUUUAUCCCAAGGCGACAGAGGCUGGUAUUGAAGCAAUUGAGAAGAUGCUCACAUUCGACCCAACCAAGCGAUCGACGAUCGCUGAGUGCUUGGUCCUUCGGUAUUAUGAAACCUUGCACAUGCCCGACGAUGAGCCGGUCUCGGAAGUGCCAGUAGAUUGGACCUUUGACAAAUUUACACCGACCAAGAGAUUGCUGCAGAAUUUCAUCUAUGCAGAGUGCUGGAAGUUCCACCCAGAGAUCGCCCAACGCGACGCGAAGUUGCUGGACUCGCGGGAGAUUACAAAGCUCCUGCAGUGAGGAUCGGCCAAAGCGCGGCCUGACAUGGGUGCUGUUUCCGGGGGCCGAAGGUGAAGAGAGAUGAACUGAUGAACUAUGGUUGGGUGCAUCUCCAAUAUACUGUAACGUGUUUUUGCGGGGUGGCAGCUUCGGACGGUAGAUUCCGCAGAUUUCUUUUAACCAAGGCUGCUGGAUCCAUUCCGGUCUGCGAUUUUGGUGCUUCCAGUUGUUUGGGAUCACUUGAUCUUGGGACAAUGGGGAUUGAAAGGUAUGCUGAAAGCUGGCUACGGAUAUUCCCAUAAAGCUGUGUGAGCAAGACUUUCUUGGGGUUCCUGAGUUGUACAGGUGCCAGGCUCCAGCUGCAUGUCUUCUGUACAUGAUUAGAUGAUAUCAGAUGUGUUUUGAGCUGUACCAGUUGCUGAUUUUCGGGGCGGAUUUCGAGGCGCCCGGAAAGAUUCAAUCUGCUGUACUAGGCACUUGCUGUACUACGCACAGCGUCGAGUUCGGGCAGCACAGGUGCCAGGUUUGCCGGCUCUGUGUGCGUCUGGCCACAAAUGUGGCGGCCGUGCUGAUGUGAAGGAUGGCGGCUUUCGGAAAAGGAUCAUUUUUGGCCUCUGUACCGCAUUGUCGUUCAGGUGGAUGUGGAGACCAUUCCGUGCUUUUGGAGAUGGAGCAAAUUGCUCCAGGACAUCUCGUCAGCCUGGAAUCUGUUGAAUGUGUUUGGUGCAAGAGAUGGCCAUCAGCCGGCCCGGGCUCACCGUCCGUUGCGUCCGAAACAAAGCAGCGGCAGCUCUGCGCUGUUCCGCCAGCGUGGCAUGGAAUCGUUCCUCC